AGUGGUCUCAUGCAGCACGGCACUAGCUGUUGCCUGCUCAACGUAAUUUCAGUUGUGCUCUGGUAAGGACUCGGGGACCAAGCGACCUGGCGAUCAGCGGCAGCGGGCUGAUUCACGUGGAAAGAACAGACUCCAAGCUAAGUAUUUAUUGCCCCAAGGGGCUGGUGCCUUUAAAAGUAAAAGCAGGAUGUGGGAUGACGUGCAGCAGGCGCUGAAGGAGAAGCGUUAUGAACUGGUGCUAUCCGGCCAUGAAGUAAACCAGCUGAUAGAGGAGGAAAAGGGGCAGUUAGAUCCUGCUGUGUACGACCUCACGCAGCUAAACCUACUGAAGGUAACAAACACUCCGCUGACCAGUCUGUCCAAGGACCUAGCACGCCUCAUCAACCUGACCAACCUGGUGCUGCAGAACAAUAGGCUGGACGGCCUGCCAGACACACUUGGCGAUUUGGAGAAACUCAAGUUCUUGGAUGUGUCAAGCAAUCGCCUGGCUAGCCUGCCACCCAGCCUGAGCCACCACUCAGCGCUCACCACGCUCAAUGUAACAGGGAAUCAACUGACUGAAUUGCCCAGCUUUCAAGAGUGUGUCAGCCUGGCGGUGUUAGAUGUUAGUCAUAACCAGUUGUCAGAGUUCCCUGACGUGUGUUCCGUCAGCCUUGCACACUUGUCUGAGGUGAGGCUUGCAAACAAUCUGGUGCAGCAAAUACCUGUGGGUGUUGUAGACCUGCCUGCUCUCAAGCUGCUUGACGUAGCUCAUAACAACAUCAAGAUAGUGCCAGGAGAAGUUUCUGACACCCCAAAGCUGAAAGAACUAAACCUCAAGGGCAACCCUCUAAGUGACCGGAGGUUUAAGAAGCUGGUAGAGUCAGAGCGCUGUCUACCACGCCAGGUGCUGGAUUACAUACGUCAGCACUGUCCAAGGUCUGCAGGCCAGGAAGCCAAAGGCAAGAAAGGAAAAGGAAAAAAAAACAAAUUUAGAGAGGAAGAAGAGGUGGAUGUCCUUUGUAAGGAGUUGCAAGUACUGGGUUGGGGUGAGAGGGAAGGAGUGCCAUCAGUGUUGGUGAGGGCACCAGUAAAGGAGGUACGACCCUACCUGGUGUGUUGUGUCAUCCAUCACCUGGACCUCAGCAAUGAUCUGUUCAAGCGAUUCAUCUCCCUUCAGACCAAACUCCAUGAUGGGAUCUGUGAAAAGCGGAUGGUGGCCACAAUAGCUACCCAUGACUUGAGCAAGGUUCAAGCACCACUCUACUACACUGCCCAUCCCCCAAAGGAGAUGCACAUCCACCCACUUGGCAGAGGCAAGGAGAUUUCAGCAUGGGAAUUAUACAGUUCUUUACAGCGAGAAGCAGAGGCCCAGAGAAAACAGCAGAAGAGGAAUGUUGCUGGAUUACACAGAUUCCUACACAUGUUAGAACCUUGGGAGCAGUGGCCAUGUUUGGAAGAUGGUCAAGGAAAAGUGAUCUCUCUUCCUCCUAUCACUAACUCAGACAGUACUAAGAUAACCCAGGACACCACUAGUGUCUUAUUGGAGGUAACCAGCAGCUCUUCCCUUAAUAAAGCCAAAGAAAUAGCAGAUACCCUCCUCCUGGCUGUCCUGCAGAAUGGUCUCUCUUCUAAGAGCACUGAGGGAGGGGAGGCAGCUGUGGUGGUGCAGCAGGUGAGGGUGGAAGAUGAAAAUGGAGGCUUACGUGUUUUGUACCCUUCCCACACUGAUUUGGCUUUCCAACAGGAGAAAGUUCGUGUGAUGAUGCCAGUAAAGUAGCCUUAGAUGUAUGAAUGGGACCCUGACUCAUGACUGAAGGUCAUGAUUUUGCUAAUUUACAAGCAACUUGUGGAUGAGAGCAUUUUUUGUUAUAUCUGGAUUAAUUCUGCAGUGGCAAGGACUGUUAGGCAUAAUUCAUUUGAUGAAUACUCUGUACUGGCUGAUGUGUCCAUGCUUAGUCCAUGUGUCAGGACUCCUUAUCUUCAUGCUGUUGCAGAAAAAAAUGAAUAAAUAAAUAAACAAAAAAAUAAAUAAUGUCAAAUACACAAGCUGUAUUUGCUUCAAUGCAAAAUUUGCAGCACCUCAGACAAAUUUCAGCACUAAAGGGUAUCUGUUCUAGGUAUGUUUUAAUUCUUUAUGGAAUUCAGUGAUGUACCUUACUUUUCAAAGAAUGCUUGAAUAUGGAUACUGGCUUUGCAUUUGUUACAUAUGCUAAAUAAAUGCUAAUAAAGUUAA